UUUAAAAAACACCCCCGUUGGUGCCACGCGGUGCUCAGGCAGCGGACCCCAUCCAGCCAGCCCUGCUGGCCACUUCUCCCCCACACGCAGCCCGGGGCUCCUUUCCACCUGGGCGAGGUGGUCGAGGCGUCGUCGUUAAGCUGGAGCACCAGAAUCAAAGGCUUCGCUGCGUGUUUUGUUGCAGGAAUUGUCUGCUCACUGCUGGGGACUCUUCUGCUCUGGGUGCCCAGGAAGGGGCUGUACCUCUUCGCGGUGUUUUACACCCUUGGGAACAUCGCAUCCAUUGGGAGCACCGUCUUCCUCAUGGGACCCAUGAAACAGCUGAAGAGAAUGUUUGAGCCCACACGUCUGAUCGCGACUAUCAUGGUGCUGCUGUGUUUCGCACUCACCCUGUGUUCUGCCUUUUGGUGGCAUAACAAGGGGCUCGCACUCAUCUUCUGCAUUUUGCAGUCCCUGGCCCUGACGUGGUACAGCCUCUCCUUCAUCCCAUUCGCAAGGGACGCCGUGAAGAAAUGUUUCUCCACGUGUCUUGCGUAACAUGCGGCGGCCAGUUUUGCAAAGCGUUUGGAGGCCCCGUGGACAGAAGCUGGUGGACACUGUCGUAAUAUUUCCCAAACCUCUCUCACAGACACGUGCCUUUCAUCUUGCAGCCGUGUGUUGCUCCCUGUCCAAACACUUGCGGGUUGCUCUCGGAGGCCGCAGUGCGACCCCAGUCCCAGACGUCUCGCACACAGGAGGAGCGGGUCCUCUGUCUUACCGAGAGGACACGUCCCCACGCACCGUCUCCUCUCCAGAUGGUGUUCCACUGAAUUCUCCUCAAUAAAACGCGCGUUGAGCAGCAGAUAAGCCUCGGGAGCCGGGGAUGGCCAGCAGACAGGCAGCCCCAUCGGAGAUGGCAGUAAGGGACAGAGUUUGGGGGUCAACAGGGGCUUUGUAGACUUGUCCCUGAGCGUAGAGACCACGCCCCCUGCCCCGCACAGCGCGGACACGGUUCUGCCCUCCGACCGCGGUGCGGGAGGGGCCCGUGGUGCCGGGUGGCGGUUGGCGGCCGGCGGCCUUCCACCCGAGCCUGGGCACUCAUGCUGCCUUCCGAUCCGCACCUGGCUGGGUGCACACUCUGCCUCUUGGGGUUCUCCGGCUUAGUCCCCACCCCCACGUCUUUACUGGUCGCCCCUGGAAUGAGGUUGGGGAGAGAACAAAGCAGGAGAGAAUCGCUUUUCCUUUUGGACAAGAGCCAACAGGGUCUGAAAAUUUUUGCUGUCCUCUGCCACAUUUUUUUUCCGUUGUUUAUAAAUGUUUGCUUUUAAACCGA